AUGUCAGCAUCAGCUUUUAAUUUUGCCUUCAGAAGAUUUUGGAACAGUGAAACGGGGCCUAGGACAGUACACUUUUGGGCACCCACUUUGAAGUGGGGGUUGGUCUUUGCAGGGCUAAACGAUAUUAAGAGGCCCGUAGAGAAGGUAUCUGGCGCACAAAACUUAUCUUUAUUAGCUACGGCACUAAUUUGGACGCGUUGGUCGUUUGUCAUCAAACCCAAGAACUAUCUAUUGGCUUCCGUGAAUUUCUUCUUAGGUUGCACUGCCGGAUACCACCUAACCAGAAUUGCCAACUUCAGGAUACGGAAUGGUGACUCCUUCAAGCAGGUUAUCCACUAUAUAAUAAAGGGGGAGACUCCCGCUGCUGUUGCAGCAAAACAAUCUACCUCUGCGUCGAUGAAUAAGGGUGUGAUGGGUGCUAAUUCAUCAAUAACGCACUGA